AUGGCAGAGGCCGGUCCCUCGUCUCCAAGUCGUACUUUCUCCAGUGGUACCAGCAGUCCAAAUGCAUCAGCCAGGAGUUCGAAGCAGCUUCGCGUUCAAUUUCCUGCCGAAGAAGACGGUUCGAGCGCAGGGGAUAGUAUCUCCUACAGGGUGCACCCCAUAGGCCUUGGACCGCCUCCAGCGCCGCGCAAGGCCAUCGCUAGCUCGAGUGGAGACAUCCCUCCCUCUACCUCUGCUCGCCUCCUUGAUGAUUCACGUCGUCGCGUUCGUUCUGCGGACGCGUUCCCGGCUUUGGCUUCGCAGUCCAUGAUCUUGGAGAACGGCGACACUACUCGAUACGCGAGAACGUCUCGGCCGAACAGGAGGAGUAUCAGGAAAGACAGAGGGUUGCCGAAUUCGACUCUUGACGGCAGAGGGGACCUUGCCCAAUCUUCAGCGUUCUCGGACGAGUACGACCUCUCUCGCGAAGGCAUGAUCGUUGAGGAUGUCCAACGCGCCAUUCGUCUGAAGCAACGCCGUGAGGCUCGCCUCAGGUCGCAGUCAACCCACAUCCCGAACGACGCACAGUCCAAAGGCGAUGCUGUCAAUGCACCCCGUCUAUCCUCUCCUAUACGUAUCUCAGACCAGAAUCCGUCAUCAACGGCGCCAUCAUCUGGAACUGGGAGCAUUGAUUCGGAGGUCGACUUUAGUCCGUCAGUGGGCACCGUACCCCCGCAUCCUGUCCCCUUGUCCGCCAACGAUGGGGCAACCCUGGAUUGGGCGGGCUCAGCCUCCGAGGAUGACAGGGACAAGCGCUGGCCUCUGCAUCUUCACAGGCGAAAGCGGGACAGAUUUACAGCAGCAUCCAGCCGGGCUGUGGUAGAGAAGCAAGAGACCUUAUACUCAGACAAGCUCGCCCGCAUCAAGUCCAAGGUCACUCCACUGACGCUGCGCAAAGCUACCAUGACCAAGGACCAGCUGGAAAGGCGAUAUCAAAUGUUACUGCCUGGGCGAAAUUCACGCACAGCUUCCCUCAAUCUGCUGGAGGUCGCGCGCUGGUACGAUAGGCAGGAGCCUGGGGCUAAGGCUGCUCUGGACAAAGCGGAACCUUUGACGUGGUUGAAGCAUCUAUUGGAUAGGCGUCCGCAACGAUUCCCGCGUAUUCCAUGGCAUCUCACUGCGCUCAUCAUGGAAGAGUACGCCAAGACUCGCAUCAGUCAUCAUCCAAUGGCGACUAUUCCAGAGGACGGCAUUCCUUCGAAGACUCCUUCUCCGACAGCAUUGUCCCAGCAAGAACCGAAAUCUCCUUCUAGUGGUUCAUGGUCCUGGAACCCUUCCCCUCGCUUCCUGGACACGUCUACAAGGCGCUCGUCUUACGACCAACAGGUCUCAUUCGAACCGCAUAUUGAGUCCAGCCGCGAUUCCAUUGGUGCAGAGUCGAGGCCGAGCAGCGAAGGCUUCACAAGACACUGGAGGCAUUCACUCCCAGCCGGGGCGACGGAGUCCGCGCCGAGCUCGAUAUAUAGCGGUCAGCAGAACGGCGAAUCACCCCACAGACGACAUCAUCUGCGGAACCUUGCAAAGCGCUUUCGUGGCAGGGGAUAUGACAGCGAAGAUGCGGUAUCGUCACGGCGAAACUCGUUGUCGGAGCAGAGCGUGUCUGGGGACGCCGGGGACAAGCUGGUCAAGCCAAGACCACCCAGUAGGACAUCCAGCUCACGUCUCCGGUCACCGGAGUUCUCAGAGCCAGAGAAGGAGCGAACGAUGCCUACGGAAGAGAGCAAACCUGAUGACGAGGCCGGGAUUGUCACGAUCACGGUCUCUCCUCCGCGAAACGAUCCUGAUGAUGGUACUCCACGAGCCGACAGUGCUAAUGUACCUGCUGAGCCCCCGGUAUCGCCUAUGCGUCGUGCGAUUCCUCGACGGAGAAUACGUACAUCUCUACCUUCGUCUCAGCGGAUAUUCCAGGACGAGAGGGAGAAACGGCAACGUGAGGUUGAUGAAGCGGUCGAACACCAGCAAUAUGAACAAAAGGCCCAGAUUUUGGAAGAUGCUCGAACACAGAACCAUCGCACUCAACAACUCCUACAGCGUGUCACCGCGAGUGUUCGAGAGUACGAUUCCGUUCAGUCGGGCAUGAGUGCUGCGCUUGGCAUGCCGUUCGCAAGGCUUCCUCCAGAUGUCCUGGAAGCGUUCUCCCGUGAUCCGUCCGCGUUCACAAGUGGCACGCGCCAUAAUCGAGGCUGGAGAGCGGUCGAGGACGUGCACGACCGCGUGUAUCGACAACGCAAGAUUCUCCAGUCUGUCUUCGAGCAACCUGUGGACUCUUUGACAAAGUCGCUUGCCGAGUUGGAGAAACAUAAGGGGCGCGUCACCUCACAGCUGGAGAAAGUCACAGAGCUCCUCAUCGGCGUGCGUCAUACACACAAGGCCGUCAAGAAGGGUUAUAAUGACACUCUGGCUCAUACUUCGCUGGUGUAUCCUGAGCUGUCAUACGCCGUCGCUCUUGAAGAGAGUUAUCGUAACCACUACCAGCAACUGUGGGAUAUUGGUCUUGACGCACUCACUCUCUUGCUCGACACCGUGACACCGUUCUGGCGCAACUAUGGCAAGGUCAUAGGUCAGGAUGUCCAAGAUUUUCUGAUCAUCCCAUGGUACCGGAACGAGUUCACCGGAGAGGCGAGACGAUAUCCCAUCGAAGGUUUUCCGAUCCGUUCGCUUCGACAUUGGAUCGGCUUGCUUUGCCUCUCGCUCCUUAGUCUUUGUGUUACGUUCCUGCAAGUGCGCGCUGCGUACGAGUUGACUCUAAAUUGGGGUCUGCCAUGGAUCACUCACGCCGGGUUGUGGUGGUUGAUCUUCCCGGUCUACACUAUUGGGUUGUUGAUUCAGUGGUGUGCUGUGCUUCUGGAGGUUUGCAUUGUCGCUGCGCAGUCGGGUGUGGUAGUUUGGUGGAUGGGUUGGGCUGUCAAGAUUCUCACUUAG